AUGAAAGAAUGUUAUAAGCAAAAUAAAUGUAAUAACACUCAUCGACAACUCAAUCAUCAGCUAGUUAUUAUAAAAAAUCUUGAACGAUCAUUAAAACAUAAUGAAACAUCAGUUGAUAAUGAAUACAUUCCAGACUAUUAUCAAUGGUCAUUAUGUAAUAUUGAUGAUGCUUAUGAUGAUCUUUUCAAUGAAAUGUCUUCUCAACGUUCACAAUCAUUUGUAACUUCGAAAAAUUCUCAAAAACUUGAACCAUUAUCUUAUUUUAAUUAUAAAAAAAUGCGUGAAUUUCCAUUGAUAUAUGAUCGAAUUAUUCACGGAGAUUAUAUUUAUCUACAACAACAUUUUGGUACUAGUCAAAUGGUUAAACCUCAUCCUAUGCGUCAUUCGAUUCCAUAUGAAGAAAGUUUUCGAUGGAUGCCAGUAAGAUCAUCAUCAAUGAUCGGAAGACGAGCUCAUCUACCAUUAGAUACAUUUUGCACAACAUCCAAAAUGAAUUAA